GCAGAGCGUCGAGCAGCGCUGACUUGGCGAGUUGCCAGGCGACUGCACCUCUCCGAAACCUCACUCCUCAUUCACUCACAAAGGACAGUAGCACUUCCGUCAACAGAUGGCUCAGGCAUAUAAUCGGGGAUCUUUGAUCAAUGUUUGAUGCACCGAGGGAUGUGAAGGAAUCAUGAUCCCUUACGUCUCAUGCAUGUGCUUCGGUGCAGAGCGGAAUCCAGCACGAAGACGACGAGCAUGGAAGCUUGUUUCUGCUCAGAAAGGAACCAAUGUUGUUAUUGGAAAAGACGACACUUUCUGCAUAAGCUUUCGCGAAAGCGAUGAAGAAGGCCUCUCAAAUGCCCUUACUGCAUCAGAAAUCUGCAUGCUAGAAGCUGUGAAGAAAGUCGAGCGUUUUCCUCUGACGUACACGGAGCAAGAGGUUCGUGCUGCUGGUAGUAGAUCGCGACAACCUGUCAUCACCCGUGUGCUUGACCUGAACCUCUUAGAUGACACUUAUGCUGGAGUGACGAAGACUCUGCUGUCCAAGUGCAAUAGCUGGUCCUUCAACACUUUCAAUCUUGAUGUUUCUACCGGUGGACGAUCCCUAUCCUACCUUCUCGUGCAUCUUUUUCAAGAAUAUGGUUUCGUGAAUCAUUUUAAACUUGAUAUCGUCAAAAUUUGGCACUGUUUUAAUUUGAUGGAAGCAGCUUACCAUAGACAUAAUCCAUAUCAUAAUUCGGUCCAUGCAGCAGAUGUCACACAAGCUAUGCAUUGUUUUCUCCAAGAAAACAAAUUUUCAGCUCAUUUAACUCCAUUAGAAGCCAUGUCAUCCGUCAUAGCAGCCGUAGCUCAUGAUCUAGAUCAUCCUGGCGUCACGCAAGCAUUUCUUGUUGCCACUUCAAACCAUCUCGUUAACCUUUAUCGUAACUCUUCAGUGUUAGAAAACCAUCACUGGCGAACGGCAAUCUCAUGUCUCAGUGAAUCAGGGAUAUUUGAUCAUUUGGACAAAGAUAUCUGGCUGGACAUACAGAGACAAAUUAGGUCUUUAAUCUUAGCUACAGAUAUUACGAGGCAGAAAGAGUUUCUUGCCAGAUUUAAAAACUACUUAAACACAGAAUGUCUUGAUAUGGAACAAGACCAGUAUCGCCAUUUCGCAUUGCAGAUUGCUUUAAAAUGUGCUGAUCUUUGCAAUCCAUGUCGGCCGUGGCCAAUUAGUCAAAGGUGGAGUUAUCAAGUAUGUCAAGAAUUUUAUCGACAAGGAGCUUAUGAGAGGCAGCUUAAACUUCCUUUGACUCCAACCUUUGACUGUAGUAGGACCAAAGUAGCGAAAAUCCAAGCAGAUUUCUUUCAGUUUGUUGUAUCUCCUUUAUUUGAGACGUGGGACCAUUUCUUAAAAACACCGUUAUCAAAUAAACUACUGGAAAAUUUGCGGCACAAUUAUAAUCAGUGGCGGCGGAGAAUGGAAAUGGUACAGAAAACUGAAGCUGAAAGAAAGGAAGAAAGUGAUAAUCCCCCUGAAAUAACUAUUGAUCCCUGUUCUUCUCUGGAUAUACUGGAAGAAUCAGCUGAGACUCGAGGUCAAGGAAUUCAGUUGCUGUCAGCCGAUUCAGACGUUGUUCUUAAGCAACAUAGAUCAAAAAGUGAUAGUGGACUCACCCCACGAUUACUUGCUCCUAAAAUUCAUAUGGAAACAUAUUCAACUGAAGAACUUCAUCCUAGCACGACAUUGCUCUCCCUCUCUAGUAUUACCAACACGGUACAAUUGCGGCAAGUCUAUGCUGCUACAAAAGUUGAAAGUCAUCUCAUAUGCCCUACAGUUUUCCAACCAAUAUACUCCUGUACAGAAGCAUGUGAAUCUGUUGUGAAAGAAACAGAGAGUUUAUCACAACCUGAAAAAUGCUCUGAUGGCCAUUGUAGUAAUGAUUCUGAGAUGGAUGGUAGCAGUUGUGACAAUGCUCAAUGUCCACCAAGCCGUUGUCUUGAUGGUUGCGGCACCCCUUCCCCGACAGAUAGCUCUUUAACUUUGCAAACACCUCAAUGUAAGCGACGAUCACAUUCACUGGUGACAGAGUCCGAAAGUGUCAAAUACUUGUCACAAGUACUAAGAAGCAGACGAGCCUCGGACUAUGGAUGCCAGUCGUAUAACAAAUCUUCCCAAGCGCCAAAAUGUUCAUUUCUUUCGAAUAACCCAUCGUUGUAUCAAAUCGAGUCUUCUGAGGAGCGAGAACUGCCUUCAUGCCACCACACUGCCAAUGAACCACUUUCAAAUAGUUUUUCCAGUAAAGGUGUUGAAUGUUCUUUCUUAACGAAUGUAUGUUCAAAUAAACAUUGUGCUACAAACGCUUGCAUAUGCAAGACUGAAUUUUAUAAGAAAACGCCAUCUUGGUGUUGGCAUAUCAGUCGUAGCUUUUCUGCUGAACGAACUCCUAGGCCAAGCCAUGAUUUCGAUUCUCCACUUCCAUCAUGGCAAGGCUCAACAUCUAGUCUAGCUCAUAAUGGCGGACGCAGUGGUAGACGUGGCUCUGCACCUGUGACUGCAUCUGAUAAAACUGAUAUUUUCGAUAGUCAACUCUCAAGCUUAGCAGGAAUUGAUUCCAGAGGUGGUCUCAGAGGUGGAGCAGAAAGAAAUGGUGCAUCUGGCCGAAGAUGGUCAAUUCCAAUAGAAACAAUAUCAGGAAUGCAAAUGACUGAAAUUACGUGCAGCGUACAGGAAAGUAACCGUAUUUCAGUACAUGGCAUCAGAAGAAACAGCUUUGGAUUAUUGGAACCGUUACUUAAUGUGCCGCUUCGCUCCGAAAGCAAUAUAUUACAUAACACUUCACAUGGAAUGAAUCCCGGUACUCAUUCUUGUAAUAGAUUAUCUGAGCAACGAACAAAAGAUGAGAUCGUUGAUGAAACAUGUGCUGCAAGUUCUAACUCAUUGCUGCCGAACCGAUCAUUAUCACACCAAGAAUCAGUACAAAGAAGAGGAUCUUUGCCUACAGAAGUUCCAAUUGCACUUAUGUGUAACAUCCCUAACCCGUCUCAUCAUUUGCCAAAUAAAUUAAGUGGUGAACAUAUUUUGCACAGUGACCCCCCGAAAACUAGUAGUAAUCGACAUUCUCUAAUGGAUCAUGCUCGAAAGCAUGGAUCUCCUGGUGAUCUCUUAAGUGUACUUAUUGGGCCAUCCGGCAUGCUCAAUACUAUGCAAGGUAUCGUCAGUAGUCAGACAAUCUGUGAAUGGCCAUCUGUUAUCGCUCAAGGUGGAUCAAGGCGUAGGUCUGGUGGUUUAGAAAUGCUUACUGGUUUUUGGCGUUCUCGGACAAGUGAUGUAAUAGGAGUGAGUAUGGCAAGAAAGUUGAAGCUACGGCGACAGUUGCUAGAAGACUGGACCUCUUGGAGGACUGAGCAAGAAAAUGAAAAGCUAUCUGGAAACACGAGUUCAACCAUAUCUGCUUUAGGUCAGCAAUUUAUCUAUCAUCAAAGAAGAGGUUCUGUUCCUCUUAGCGUUUCUUUGCUGUCAUCAGGCUCAGGUAAGUGAACACAGAGGACUGAUUGAGAUGAAUUUUUUUCUGCUUUCAUUGGCAUAGGAUCAGAAAAACCAAGUCUGCGUUUGUACCCUCAAAGAAAAUGAAACUUCUCACUGUAAAUAAUUUAAAACAAGAUCUUUUGUUAUAUUUGAAUCCAUCUGUAAUGUUUUUAUAAAUAGCAUAAGUGGAGUUUAAAUGAGUUCUUUGACUUAUUAAAUUUUAUUUAAACAUGUAUGCUUUUUUAAUUUUCAAAAUCUAAGCUUGUUAUUAACAUAGUAAAAUUUGGUGUCAAUUAUCAUUAAAAUAGAUUUGAAUAGGGGUGUUCAAUGACUGAUUUUCACUAGUAUAUACGUUGUGAAAGAUUAUAUUAUGUAUGUUCUAUAUAGUGUUUAAAUAUUAGGCGUAGACUUGAAAUAUGUAUAAAUUUUAUAUUUGGUUUUAGCUUUCUUUACAUUUUCUUCCGCUUCCUGUGUUUUCAAGUUCAAAAUUUCAUUAAAUUUUAAAUAAAAUUUGCUCAAAUACUACAAUGCUCUCGUAAUUUAGAAAUUUUUGCGUGUUUCUGCUGGACAAGGAAUUGCAAACUGAAAUGAAAAUUUUUAUUUUUCAUGCCUUUCAGCAUAACUAUUUGUACUUUUUGUAGCACCAUUACUUGAAUUUCUGACUAUCAUGACAAAUCGUUUAAUAUGUAUGUAUGGGGCUGUUACACUUUAUACACUAAAUGCAUAAGUUACUAGCUAAUAUUUUGUGUAAAGGAGCUUACCGUUUGUUACAUGGCACGAAUGAAAUGAGCUUUUAUUACAGUAAACAUUGACAACCUAGAAUCCCGUCAAUUCCAUUGCUUCAUUUGUGAUUAGAUAAAAAAUAAAAACACAACUACUUAAUCAAACGAUACUAUAUUUAUUUUUAUUCAAACGAAAUAAAAUAAUUUCUUGCAUAUACUACUUAGGGGCAUACAAUGACAGCAACUGUAAUGCUAUGCAUUUUAAAAGCUAAUGUAAUUGAAUGGAAAGCUUUUGAAUAAUGCUGUAAGAGAAAAUAUGGUGCAUUUCUACUUGUCUUUGUAAAAAAAAAAUUGUUUAAAUUAUUAAUACUAAUUGUUUAAAAAAAAAUAGAUUUCAUAAGAUUGAAAAAUAUUUUAGCAAGUUGAAAGAGAAAAGAAACUUUCUUUUCUGGAUGUUUUUUUUUUAUCUUGCAUGAUAAUAAAUUACAAAAUUAAUCAUAUAAUGCUCAUAUGUAAAUUUCAAAUUGUUCAAUGUGCUCUUGUAAUUAUUUUCAUACAACAAAAAAAAAAAACAAUUUAAAUAAAAUAUUAACGAAUCAUGCAUUUUCUUGAAUAACCACCAAAAUGUGUGCUAACCUUGUUUUGAGUCAAACGUCUUCCGAAAAAUAUGUUGUUGAUUCUAAAGUAAUUGCAAAAUGAUGCUAUUUAAAUACAUUUGCAAAAGUCAACUCUUCAUUGAUUUCCGAGCAUUGCUUUCUUCAAAAUUAAAUUUUGCUUCAGCUACCUAAAUACAUUUGGUAAUAUAGUAGUUGUUCAUGGGCGUAGCCAGGCACUUUCGUUUAAUAAAUCUUUUCUGUAAGAGCCCGUUUACAUUGGUUAAAAAAAGCAGGUUCAUUGCAACCUAAUGCUUACCAUGUGUAUAGCAGGAAAAUUCAGAGUAGGUACUGGUCAACUGCAGGUUUCAAUGUACACGGGUUUUUUCGAAAGAAGACAUUACGCCAGCUCAUUGCAUUUUCUAUAUAAACGCGCCUAAGUAUAUGAUUAUAUUCGAAGGGAGAACUGGAGUACAUCCUAAGGCAAAUAAAAUUGUCUAAGCCCCUGUUUUUCUACUUAAACCGCGAGAAGACUUUUAAUUUUAUUUCAUUUUGAUUAGUUACACCAAAAAUGCUGUCGAAAGCUAUGUCGAAAAUAGUCUGACGUUUACGAGAAUCUGGUACUAUGCUCUCACUAUAAUCUGUUCACGAAAAAAUAGACUGAAAGUAAACAAAUAGAUUGCCAGAAGAUUUACCACUAAAAUGCCCUUUUUGUAAAAAAUUUUCUGCAACAAGAAAAAAAGUAAACCAAUACUAUUCGCAUUCUCCGUCUGCUUGGCACCAAUUUGUUCUUGUCCAAGUCAAACACGUGAUUGGCCUCGCCAAAUGGCGCAUUUCUUCGUUUACAUUUAGUCUAUCUUUCCCGUGAAAGAAGUGUAGUUGUUCUUUUUUAUGUCACUGGGGGUGGUGGGUAGCUGUGCCCUGACACGCACACCUUGGCUACGCUCAUGUAGUCAUUAUUGCAUAGUAUAAGAUAUAUAUCUGACUUGAUGUUCUUGAAGGAUAAUAUCAGUGUUCCUGAGUCUAGGAUAGAAGUUUGCUACUCUCAGAGGAUGCAUCGCAAGUAGAAAUCUAUCUUAUUUCAUAUCAAUGGGAGACUCAUUGUGAACGAGAUAUUGAAGUAAUUGCAAAUGGGAACAGUGCUGUUUGAAUUCCGAAUGUUCUUAAUGUUUCAUUGAUAUGCAGAUCUUUGUCUUGUGGUGGAUUUGGUAUAACUACAUACAUGUGUUCCUGUAAUAGUUCUAAAUGGAUAUAUAGCCCCAAAAUUAGAUGAUAGGUUGUAUGUGUAUCUUGGAUUUGCAUUGACAUGUAUCUUUGUAUGUCAAAAGAUACGUUCUUUUUUCUUCGGUGUGUGCUUACGAACAGCAAAUAACUUCUUUACAAAUUACUGUUAAAUGUUUAUUAAGCCAUUAUUAUUGACUGAACUUGCUGAUAAUAUAUUUAGUAUUUUAUUCGUAAUGUUGAGGUAAUUUCAAUUAAUAUAUACAAAUAUUUCUACAAUAAAAUACA